UUAUGAUAUCUGACAGCAUUGUGGACGUAAACGCUGCUUUGGACGAUAUAAUUUCUAAACGUCGUGUUGGCAAACGCGCAGCACCUCGAAUUGAUGAGCCUUUACCUUUAGGAAGAGGAGGAGGUAGACGAAAUCAGCGACGUCGUAAUAGUGGUGGAGGUGGAGGAGGUUUUGGCAAUGCUGGCUUUGGAAAUAGUGGAUUUGGAAACCAGAGCUUUGGAAGUAAUUCUGGGAGUUUUGGCAACUCUGGAUUUGGCAACUCCGGAUUUGGAAAUUCUGGGUUUGGAAAUAGUGGAUUCGGCAGUGGACCUAGACGGCAAUCUGGAGGUGGAGGAGGGCGAAGGACUAAUAAUACGUCUGGGGAAGAUGUUGUUUGGAUAAAUAUUUCAAAUUUGCCUGAUACUGUUCUUACUGGCGAUCUUCAGGAACUAUUCCAAGAAUUUAACCUCCUUGGUGUUGGAGUACAUUAUGACGAAUUUGGUCAGCACAUGGGCACGGCUGAUUUGUUUGUAGAUGGACGCUCUGCAAAGGCUAUUUUACGUGAAUAUGCAAAUAUUGCUAUUGACGGUCAAAAGAUUCGUUUCGCAAUAGUUAAUGAACAAGCUGCUGCUACACCUCAAUUUCAAAAUCAACAAAGGCGAGACAAUUUGAGAGGAGGGCGUCGACGUGGAAAUGUUGGUGGUGGUGGUGGACGUCGAGGAGGAGGGGGAGGAGGUGCUGGUGGUGGAGGAGGUCGCCGUAUUCGUUCUGAUAGUGGACAAUCGUCCCGCACAUAUUCUAGAUCUCGCUCUCCAAUCGGUCGAGCUAUUGGCGGUGGUGUCUCUAAACCGCGUCGUGUUGGUCGUAACACUACAACUCAAGUAAAAACUGCAGCAGAAUUAGAUAGGGAAUUGGAAGCUUAUAUGAAUGGAAUGAAGCAUCCACGCGUCAAACUUGAAUGA